ACAUAUUGCAUUUCUUGGAACUCAACCGGUUUUCAUGAAACCUUUCUGACACUUGAUCUUUUUGCUUCUUUCUUCAUCCCUAGUUUUCGAGUCUUUUCCUUUCUUUAACCCGGUAAAUAAUCUGCUAGGUUAAAUUUUGUGGCACUGGCAAAUGGCAAUGGAGGUUCAAAUUCCGCGGCUACGUCACUAUGACUUAGAAAAAAAUGCUGCAGAAAAAUUCCCAAAGAAUAUUAGGGAAGCACUGAAAAAAUUCCCCAAGAAAAGGCUUCUUGAUUUACGUGAGUUUGUCCUGCAGAGGUGGAAUCAGAUACUUUUAGUUUACUGUGUUAUGGCCCUCUCAACCGAUCCUUUGUUCUUUUACCUCAUUACGGUUAACAAAGAGCAGAAUUGCCUUACCAAGGACAGAACACUGGGGACCGUAACUGCGCUUCUGCGGUUCAUCAUUGAUAUCUUUUAUAUAUUUCAUAUCAUUUUUCAAUUCCGUGCAAGCAUUGUUUCUCAUUCUUUUCAAGCCUCUCGACAAGGCGAAUCAGUUACAAAGACUCGAGCAAGAGCACGGAAAUAUUUGUUGAUGUACUUACCAGUCGACAUGCUUAUAAUUCUUCCAAUUCCACAGGUGCUAGUUUUUGCUGUCAUUCCAAAACUAAAACAUAUGGGGCUUAAAGCAUCUCUAUGGAACAAUAUGUUUGUGCAUCAAUAUAUACUAAGGGUAUUUCGAAUCGGCUCCUUGUUAAAAGUUGCUCAAAGGGGUUCUAGCAUCCUUGCCGAAUCUGCAUGGGCUGAUCUCUUUCUUUUUAUGCUUGCCGGUCAUGUUAUUGGAGCCUUCUGGUAUAUUUUUUCUAUAGAAAGAGUAGUAAUGUGCUGGGAAGAAUCCUGCGAAUAUCAUGGAGGUGCGCACUGCUAUUUAUUUUGCGAUGACACAUUUGCAGCUAACGCAUUCGUAUACAACUCUUGCUCUACAAACACAAAGAAAUUUGGAAUAUACUCUGAUGCCCUUGAAUCUAUAGUUCUGGAUUCAACUCCCUUUGUAAAAAGGAUUUCUUACUGCUUCUGGUGGGGGAUACAAAAUCUAAGCUCCCUCGGCCAAAGCCUCAAACCCACUACUGCCUACGUAUGGGAGAUAAACUUUUCAGUUAUUGUUUCAAUAUCCGGCUUGGUGCUACUUGCAAUUCUUGCUGGAAAUCUGCAGAAAUAUUUGCUGUCAAAAGUUGCGAGAUCGGAGGAAAUGAGAUUGAAGGAACAAGAAAUAGAAUUGUGGAUGUAUUACCACUCACUUCCACGGAGUCUUAAGGCGCGGAUUUGGCAAUCCAUGAAACACAAACUGAAAGAAAACAUACGCAUUGACGUGGAGAAUUUUCUUCACCUUCUUCCCGUGGAACUUUGUAAGGAUAUAAAAUGGCAUCUCUGCUCAGGUCCACUCAGAGAAGUGCCAAUACUUCAAACCAUGGACGAGCAACUGUUGUUCGCCAUCUGCAAACAUCUCACGCCGGUGCGGUACGCAAAGAACAGCAUCAUUUUUCAUGAGGGAGAGCCACUUGCUGAGAUGCUCUUCGUCACACGCGGUAAGCUAUUGACUUACACCGCCUCUGCUACUGCUAGGGUAAGAUUUCUUGGCAAAUGUGACUUCUACGGAGAAGAUCUUUUCGAUUGGGUGCUGAUCAACUGUGCCAGCUUAUCUAACUUCCCCUUGUCAACUGAAACUGUCAAGGCGCAAACGGAAGUUGAAGUGUUUGUUCUAAGGGCGCAGCAGUUGAAGACGGUAGUCUCUAAAUUCUGGUGGCUUUUCAACAAAGAGCAACGCCGCCACUCGAACCUUAAUACUAGCUUUAACGUGGAGCAAUGGAAACCAAGGGCAGCUUAUGCUUUGCAAGCAGCAUGGCGUCGCCAUAAAAAGGAAACCUCGACAGUGCGAAGGAGACGUUAAUUAUUGGGAAGCUCUCCAUUGUGCUGCUACUUUGUAACAAGUAGAUUUUAUUUCUAUACAGGGUUAAGUAAAGAAUCAUUAGUUAUUCGCACAAGCACCCGAAGUUUCGUGUUUGAAACUCUCUUCCAGUGUUGUAGGUUGGUUUCUCUCAAAUCACACAACUCAUUAUAUGUCAACAUUUGAUAGACCAUCGAGAAUUUGCCCCAUCGAAGUUUAGAAGUAAGAAGUAUAACUUGAGGUACUCCAUAGACGCCACAGCCAGAGGAUGACGAGCAAUCGAUAGAAAUUGUACCAAUAAAGUUAUUCAAAACGUUGUUUUUCAUGUGCCUCGUACCACUAAUUGAUUUUAGGAUGGAUGCUCCUAUGUAUUUUAAUGAGCUUUGC